AUGACCGAAGAUUUCGAGGUAAACUUAGGGACCGGUGGAGAAGACAAUAGUAGCAGUACUAUGGAACAUAGGGUCUUAGAUUCGCCGCCUCGAGUGGUUAUUCCAGAGGAUACGGAAUCACCUGCAAAAUUGGCACCUAAUCAUGGCAUCUUUAUGGCAUCGAUUAACAAGAGUUCACCAGCGGGUAAAAAGAGUGGAGAAGGCGCCGUUCUUGGUAUGGGGGCUCAAUCUACAAAGGAUAAUUCGACACCAAGGCAAAACAGUAGUAUGUUAUCUACAAGAGUUAUAGAAUCGCUCCAUGAUCAAGUAGACACUUUGACCUCAACAAAUUUACAAUUGACUGUACAAUCUAAGAAUUUAUUGGAUAAAUUGGAUACCGCCCAACAGAAAGAGUCCAAAAUGUUGGAAAACAGUGCAUCAUUAAAGCACGAAAAUGAGAAUCUAGUCUCUAUGCUAAACCGUAAGACUAGAAGGCUGAAAGACGUUGAAGAAGAGUUAGCUUCACAUAAGAAAAAUCAUGACUCGUUAGAAGAGGAGAAAACUGCUUUGCAAAAGAAGUGGGAAAGUUCAUCUAGUGAAGAAGCAACAUUAAGACAACAAAUGGAAAUGGUGCAAGCGCAAUAUGAUGCAUUAGUGGAUUCUCAUCAGUACUAUAAGAGCCACUACAGUUCACAGAUUAGUACACUGAGUGAACAAUUGGAAAAUUUGAAAUUGGAACAACGUAACUAUACGCAAAGAGUCUCUGACGAGGCGAACACUUUUAAUGCUAAACUAUUGGAAUUCGAUUCUAAGCAUGCUAACUUACAGCAAGCGGAAGAGACACGUGUAAAAUAUUUGGAAUCCAAAUAUGAUAGUUUAACUCAACAGUUAGAUUUACCAUCGUGGGUUCAGCUUUACAGGGAGAGUAAGAAUAUGGUACUAGAAUUUGCAGAAAAGAUGAAAUUGAAGAUUCCAUCAGACUUUGAAACGUUGAUUCAAGAUCCUGAAUUGACAGCUCUGGAAGCUAAAAAUCCAAAUAGUAAUAACGCUGCCGCUCUCCCGUUAAGAGUGGCCAAACAAAGAGCAGGUGGUGGUAAUGCAACAUCUACCCAAUCAGGUACAUCUGGAUCUAACGCUGCUCAUGGUAAGAGAAGUAGUUUUUACGGUGGUAUGGCGUCUUCUUAUCCUGCAUCUACUCUACCGGGUACUUUGCCAGGUGUAAGAAGAUCCUCGUCGAGAAGAAAGCCAAGCAGUAGAGUUGCAUCCGAUAAUUCAAAUUCAGGAGACUCUUCGCCUAUUUUUCCCCACUCUGCAGUCGCAACUGCACCAAGAUCGUCCGCUACAGCACCAUCGUCUAGAGUUUCGUCGACAUCUACUUCAUCUUCAACAAAUCAUUUUGCAUUCCACAACAACAACUCUAACAAUACCUAUCGCAAACGACAAGAGAGCACUUCGGUUGGCAAUUCAUGA